AUGAAAGUGCAGCAAGGCUGCAACUCAUCAGACAUGGGGAUCCCGGUUAGAACCGAAGAAGAAUUGCGCAGAAAUACCGUAAUAACGCCCGAGGAUGUGCUUGGGUUACAGAAGAUCACCAAGAAUUACCUUUGUUCUCCAGAAGAAAAUGUCCACAUGAUUGACUUCACUAGGUUUAAGAUCCGUGACAUGGAAACGGGGACGGUGCUGUUUGAGAUCACCAAACCUCCACUACCAGACUCGGGAGGCAAAAAGCAUUGUGACCCCAACGCCGGACGUUUUGUCCGAUACCAGUUCACCCCAGCCUUCCUGCAGUUGCGGCAGGUUGGAGCCACAGUGGAGUUUACAGUUGGUGACACACCCAUCAACAACUUUCGUAUGAUUGAGAGACACUACUUUCGCGACCAGCUGCUCAAGAGCUUUGAUUUUGAGUUUGGCUUCUGCAUGCCCAGCAGCAAGAACACAUGCGAGCACAUUUACGAGUUCCCCGCGCUGUCCGAGGACAUCAUGCGUGAGAUGAUUCUGAACCCUUACGAGACGCAGUCUGACAGCUUCUACUUUGUGGACAACAAGUUGGUGAUGCACAACAAGGCAGACUAUUCCUACAGUGGGGGCCCAUAGGAAGACCAGCACCCUCCUGUACUCCCCCGCUGUUCUAGACAUUUUCCAUGUUACCACUUCAGGACCAGAAACAGAUGAGCUGAUGGAUAAAUCACUGGCAGUACACACACACACACACACACACACACACACACACACACACACAACCACACUUAUCUCAUUUCUGUUGGCUCCAUGUAUUUCCAUUCACUUAUUCAGCUCUUUGCCUCACCGUCUUUGCAGGAACAUCACAUUCUGCCAGUGGUGUCAUCAGUUUGCAUCCGUGUGUGUGUGAGUGAGUGCGUGGGCAGUGUCUGUACAUACUGUUGAUUUCAGUCUGUAUAUGUGGGUUCCACUUGUUCAUUAGGCGGGCAUUGAAUCAGUUAAAUUUUGUGUGUUUUUGAUAGCCAUUAAUAGUCAUAAGAGUAAAAGGGGAAAGUGAGUUUUGUUUGUCUUUGCUGAAUCUCCGAGGAAGCAGACGAGGCAGAAAACCAGCUAUGAGACAAGGAGAAAGAUGAAGAAGACGUUACACUAAAGAUUUAAAUACUAAAUAAUCAAUUCAGGUGUAUAUUUAUAUAGUUUGUAUAGGAAUAUCAUUACAUUUCUUACUCCUGAGGUUUCUUAUCAAUUACAUUUCUAGUAGCACACAUCUGAAUGAUUCAGUCCUCCUUCCGUGGUCAUCGGUCAGGUGAAUGUGUGCUUUGUCGAUGUGAAUGUGUCAUUUGUUUAAUGUGUCCAUGGUCUUAGUACUACUAUGUGUACUACAGGAGUAAUUUUUUAAAAGAAAUAGCCAUUUUGAAGUGUCAGAAAACAUCCAUAGGCAGAAUUCACAAGUCAGAUACCAAUUUUGAUAUCCAGUACGUACUCUGUAGUACUGAACACUGUGUAUACUUUAAUGAUGAUACAUGUUGUAAGUAUAAAAUUUUAAAAAGUAUGUAAAGUUUUGA